CGUUAACAACCUGCGCGACCCGUUUACAGCCUCUUAACCGGCUAGAUAACCAACUGAUACAGUACCUUGCCAGCUUGCCUUCUUCGCGGCUAUUAAUUCCCGAUUGAUUGUGUUGAUUGCAGAUUGAUUGUCUUGAUUGCUAGAUACAGAUUUCUUCUCUUCCAUUAUGGAAACUGCACGUAAUCAGGGAUGCAUCUUUGACUAUGCUUUUGAUUUUUCAAAAUUCAAACAUAAUUUCUUUGCUUGUUGUCAAAGAGUUCUUGUGUGGGUUUGUGGAGUGGUUUUUGACAGUAUUCUUGCUGGCUAUGGAUUCACGUUCGCAGCAGCCGAUGAUUAAUUUGUCGGGCUCAGGUCGGAAGAGGAACAAAGAAAAUCAAUCAGAUGCUUCCCUUGCUGGUAUUCGUCAACGAGGUUCUGGAAAUGCUCUGGAUUUGUUCCUACAGAGACGCGCUGAAAGCAUUAAGAGAUCCAAGACCAUCGGCACUUCGUCAGAGUUCGACAAAAACAGCAGAGCCACGAGUCAGGUCCCUCUAUCAACUAUUGAUCAGAGUGCAUCAUAUCAAUCAAUCAGGCGUGCCCGGUUGUCCAAUUUUGAUCAAAAUCCAAGCCCUGUCUCUGUGUUGGAUUCUACCGUCACAAACGUGAUGCCUUCUACCAAUGCAGCCACAGCAAUCGGGCGUUCUCCAUUAUCCAGACUUGAUCAAAAUGCAAAUCAUGGAGUUUUGUUGGACUCUACCGUCACAGGUGUCAAGCGUAGAGGGCGUGGGCCAAGCAUUGAAACAUUGUUUAACCAGUCUAAAAAAUCAAGCACCUCAGCAGGUGCCGGGUUCUCCCCAAGCAAUUUAUGCCAAGGUGUCAAGCGUAGAGGGCGUGGGCCAAGCAUUGAAACGUUGUUUAAGCAGUCUAAGAAAUCAAGCACCUCAGCAGGUGCCACAGUCUCCCCAGCCGAUUUAUGUAACAGUACAACGUCCAGCUCAAUACACCAUGCAUCCUGUGCUCCAGUUAGUGCCACAGUCCACAAGCGUGGAGGUCGCGGUCCUGGCUUACAGUUAAAAGCAACAUCUACUGGUGCCCUUCAGUCUGGUUCGAACUUAUCAGAAGUCCUUCACACCGAUGCUGAUAGGAUCCAUUCUAAACGUGACAGAGCCUCGAUAUCUGGAGCGAAGAACCUUGAACACCUCUUCAAUGAAGCAGCUGACACGGACAUGGAUCAAAAUUUGCCACGUGAGCAUCUGGAUCUAUGGGAUGGGUAUAUGAACCUUGGUCCUCCGACAGAACAGUGUAGUAAGUGCGGGGCUUGCAUGUGGAUGGGUGAACGCAACAACAAGUCCAGGAGGACUGCAAGACCUACAUUCUCCCUCUGUUGUAGGGAUGGAAUGGUGAGUCUUCCAUUAGAAGACCAUCCUCCAGAGCUGCUUGCAUCCCUUUUGUACGGAGGUCCAAAAACAACGCACUUUAGAGCAAAUAUACGUGUCUACAACUGUAUGUUUUCCAUGUGCUCCAGUGGUGGAAAGGUGGACCACAAAAUUAACAAUGGCAAUGCCCCUUACUGUUUUAAGAUCAGAGGAGAGAAUAAACAUUUAAUGGGUAGUUUACUCCCUGCUGAAAGUGACACACCUAAAUUCUGCCAGCUUUACAUAUAUGAUACGGACAACGAGGUAGAAAACAGGAUGAAUUCUGUUGGUUCUAGACCCGAUGAGAUAGAUCCCGAAAUUGUACAGUCCCUCAUCCGUCUUUUUGAUCAGAUUAAUCACCUUGUGAAAUCAUUUCGGACUGCCCGUGAGAGAUUUAAGAGUAACGAACAGGAUGAAUUCAGCUUGAUUCUAGUAUCGUCCGAAGCAGCCAGCGGAAGAAAAAAUAUCAUUGGUCCUUCAAAUGAGGUUGGCGGUUUGAUAGUUAAUCCUAAUGGAGAUGCUCCCGGUGUUAGAGACACAAUAGUCCAGUCACGUCGUAACGGACUAGAAAGAGUAUGGGAAACUGACAAGCACUUCAUGCCCCUUCAAUUCCCAAUAUUGUUCCCCAGAGGUAAGGAUGGUUGGCACCCAAAACUACCACUUCGUAAUACGAAGAGGCCAGUCGUCAAUCAAGAUGAUGGAGCGGAAGAUGAUCCGGAUAAAAAAGUUAGAGAAUUUGUAUCAAUGAAAGAGUACUAUUGUUAUAAGUUGAUGAUACGUCACCACGAAGGAUUAACACCUCAUCUUGGUGGUAGGCUUUGGCAGCAGUAUAUUGUUGAUGCAUUCACUCCCAUUGAACAGUACAGAUUGGACCAGAUAAGCAGGAACCAGACCACAAUACGAUCAGAUUUGUACAACUCAGUCAGAGAUGCAGUUCGAAGGGGAGAAAAUGAUCCGUCUCACGUUGCAAAAUGUGUCAUCUUACCUGCAUCUUUCACGGGAUGUAAACGUUACAUGUCUCAAUAUUAUAAGGAUUCACUGGCACUUUGUAGGAGCAUAGGCCAUCCAACAUUAUUCUUGACAAUGACAUGCAAUUCCAAGUGGCCUGAAAUUAAAGAGAUGAUGCAACACCUUCCUGGUGUAGAUAUAAGCGAUGCUCCUGAUGUCACUGCUCGCGUCUUUAAACAAAAGGUUGACCAGCUAAUUGAUCUUAUCAAGAAGCAAAAUUUUUUCGGAAGGUGUAUUGGACUAAUGCACGUUAUAGAGUUCCAAAAACGCGGUCUCCCACAUGUUCACAUGCUCAUCUGGUUAAACGACGCCGACAAACCGAAAAAUGCCGAGAGCAUAGAUAGGAUUGUUUCUGCAGAAAUUCCUGACAAGGAUGCGGACCCUGUGGCAUAUUCAGCGGUGUGCAACUAUAUGUUGCAUGGCCCGUGUGGGAAGGAUGCCACGUAUUCACCGUGUAUGGUCAAGAACAAAUGCUCUAAACAUUUUCCAAAAAGACAAGCUAACCAGGACACAGAUUAAAGCCUCGGUUGAUCAAGGAACGAACUUUUCGGCGUUAGUGUUCUGUCAAGACAACUGAUAAGAAUGCAUCAGUCUUUAUGCAUUACAAUUUUAUUACAUUACAUUAGAUGAUUUGAAUGAUUUGAAAUAAAUUGUUAAAGGUAUUGAUGCGCUGUUUUACUACUUGUGUGGGAAUGGACAAUUGCUUUUCAAACUGAUAUUU